AUGUUAACUCCUGUACAUAAUUUUUCCUUUACAACUUUUACAUUUACUGGUUUUCAUGAUUUGGGUGAAUGGCAGGCCAUUCUAUCUAUCCCCUAUUUUCUUUUGUUUUCAUUGUCUUCUACAGCAAACCUUACAAUCAUAUAUUUAAUUAUAUCUCAGAGGGCUCUUCACUCUCCAAUGUGUAUUCUAAUUGGUCUUAUGGCAGUUGUUGACCUCUUUUUGCCAAUAUUAUGUGUGCCAAAUAUGUUGUUUAGUUUCUUAUUUAACUGGAAAGGAAUUUCACUUGUAGGUUGUUUGGUGCAAAUGUUUUGCAUUUAUUUUGUUGGUUCAUUUCAAUCUACUGUACUGCUUUGGAUGGCUCUGGAUCGUUUUUUUGCUAUAUGUAGACCUCUUUAUUACCACAAAUACAUGCAAAUGUCCAAUUUUCUAAAAUUCAUAAUUUUUCCAGUAAUCAGAAAUGUGUUCUUUAUUACCACAAUGGUUUCUUGGGCUGGAAAAUUGACUUUUUGUGCAACAAAUGAGAUAGAUCAUUGUUUUUGUGAACACAUGGCAUUGGUUCAGCUGGCAUGUGGAGAUAUUUCUAUUAACAAUGCAUUAGGGCUUUUGGCUGUUUUUCUUACAAUAACUGCUGAUUUUAUUUUGAUUACAAUAUCGUACGUGAUAAUACUUUCUUCUAUACUAAGAUCUGGCAAGGCCUGCUUAAAAGCUGUAAACACCUGCAUUACUCAUAUAAUUGUCAUGACAGUUAGUCUGACUUUUGCUUUAAUUGCCUUUAUGUCAUACAGAAUACGAAACAACUUUUCUCCUUCUAGCCGUGUCUUUCUGAGUACAAUGUAUAUGCUUUUUCCAAGCUGUUUUAAUCCAAUUAUUUAUGGCAUACGAACCAAAGAAAUAAGAGAACAGUUUCUGAAGUUAAUUAACCAUCUGAAUAUCUUUACAAAUAAUAAUUAA